AUGAACGUUAUCGAUAGAAGAAGAAUAUGUGGACCUCCGAAUGCCAAACCUCUUGUGUUUGCACAGCUGCCGGAAGCAACUCUAAGGAAACACAAGGUUGACUUUGUAAGGGAGAAUGACGUUGAAGCGAGAAUCACACGCACUUUUAUCCAGUCAGGCUUAGUUUCUAAUGCUAACGGUUCGUCGUAUGUCGAAGUUGAUGGAAACAUUGUUAGUGUGAGCAUAUAUGGGCCAAGACCUAUACGAGGCUCGUUCACUGAUACCGCGGGUCUGAGUGUUACGCUCGAUGACGUUGGUGAUGUUCUUGAUGAGCUAUUGGAGAAGAAGUUUUGUACCUAUAUUGAGAACAGUUUUGUGGGUGUUAUCAAUCUUGCCAAAUACCCAAAGAGUGGUAUUGAUAUCUUUAUAAAUGUUAUCAGUGUACAGGACGUUGAGUCCUUAUACUUAAAGCUGUUGGGGAUAAUCAGCGAUGCCACCACCUUAGCUUUGAUCAAUGCUAAUAUUGAGCUACUCGACAUUGUCACUUCAGGAUUUGAUGCCACGAACAACACCAUUAUAAGUUUUGUUAGGGAUGAGGUUGUUGGUAUGCUGAGCGAGGCUUCAAAUCCAUUGACUAAUCUGAAGGAAAUUAUGACCACUGCAGAGGAGAAUGCUACAGUAAUGAAGAAGGCCAUCGUGAGUUAUCUAUUAGAAAGUGCACAGAGUUGUUGA